CUCGAAAAAUAACACGUGUUUUGUGAAAUACGAAUAUGAACUAGUAAAUUUUAAAUAAACAUAUAUAAAACUUUCGGGAAGGUGCAUGUGAAAUAUAUAAAGAUUUUAACGAAUAGGAAUUACAAAAAUAAAUUAGAUUCGAGAUCACGUUGCUAAAAGAAAAUCAUCUUUACAAAUUUUCAUUAUAAUGUCUGAAGAAGAAAACAGUAUAGCUAGUGAUAAUGAAGUAGAAAGUGAGUCUGAUAAUGACCAGUCAGAAUCUGAAGAUGAAGCGCCCAAUGGAAAUGAUGUGGUUAGUCAAAAUAGUAUUGACGUUGAAAACGUGAAUGGUGAUUCAGAAAAAGAAGUAUCAUGGAAAGAUUUGGGUUUGGUAGAUUCAUUGUGCGAGGCUUGCACAGAAUUAAAGUGGAAAGUACCUUCCAAAAUUCAAAGAGAAGCUAUACCACUAGCUCUACAAGGACGUGAUGUAAUUGGUUUAGCUGAAACGGGUUCAGGAAAAACAGCCGCCUUUGCUCUACCAAUUCUUCAAGCUUUGUUGCAAAAUCCACAGCGUUAUUUCGCACUAAUAUUGACCCCUACUAGAGAAUUAGCUUUUCAAAUUUCUGAACAAUUCGAAGCCUUGGGUAGCAGUAUAGGUGUUAAAUCAGUUGUAAUAGUAGGUGGAAUGGAUAUGGUAUCCCAAGCACUGCAACUUGCUAAAAAGCCACAUAUUUUAAUUGCAACACCAGGCAGAUUAGUUGAUCAUUUAGAAAAUACUAAAGGAUUUAGUUUACGAGCACUUAAAUUCUUGGUAAUGGACGAAGCAGAUAGAAUAUUGAAUAUGGAUUUUGAAGUAGAAGUCAAUAAAAUUCUAAAGGUGAUACCAAAAGAACGUAGAACUUUCUUAUUCUCAGCAACCAUGACUAAAAAAGUAAAUAAGCUACAAAGGGCAUCACUGCAAGAUCCAGUGAAAGUAGAAGUAUCUUCAAAAUAUCAAACAGUGGAUAAACUUCAGCAAUAUUAUAUUUUCAUUCCAGUAAAAUUUAAAGAUGUGUAUUUGGUUCACAUUCUCAAUGAAUUGUCUGGAAAUAGCUUUAUGAUAUUUUGCAGUACAUGCAAUAAUACUGUCAGAACAGCUUUGCUCUUAAGAUCAUUAGGAUUAGCUGCUGUACCUCUUCAUGGUCAGAUGUCACAGAAUAAAAGAUUAGCUGCUCUAAAUAAGUUUAAAGCCAAAUCGAGAUCAAUACUGAUAUCAACAGAUGUAGCAUCAAGAGGUUUGGAUAUUCCCCACGUUGAUGUGGUGCUGAAUUUUGACAUUCCUACGCACAGUAAGGAUUACAUACACAGAGUUGGUAGAACAGCAAGGGCUGGUAGAGCUGGAAAGUCAAUAACUUUUGUUACUCAGUAUGAUGUUGAACUGUAUCAACGAAUUGAACAACUGCUUGGAAAAAAACUACCAUUGUUUAAAUGUGAAGAAGAGGAAGUUAUGGCCUUACAAGAAAGAGUUAGUGAGGCACAGAGGACUUCACGAAUGGAAUUGAAAGAUAUAGAAGAUCGAAAACAAUCAGGCAAAAAACGCAAAGGUGGUGGCGGCGGCAACCAAAGUGAUGAUGAUACUGAACAAGCACAAGGUGUUCGCAAACGAUUGAAGGGAAAUAAAGGUGGAAAAGGAAAACGAGGUGGAAAAGGUGGUGGCCGAGGACGCCGAUGAUUGAUAUUACUUUAUAAGAUCAUUAAUCAACAUCAAGAAAUCUUGUAAACCAAAACCAAAAUAAUGUUAUUGAAUCUUUCUAAUAAAAUCACUUAAAUGAAUUAAAUAUAUGAUUGUUAAUAUAAGUC